GAAGACCUAGUCCUAUAAAAUGGAUGAGGAUCCAUUGAGCCGGAUUAGGAUCUAUUGACAUCUCUAAUUUAGACUAGAAUCAAACAUUACUUUUACCAAAUCUCAAUUACCAAUCUUUCAAAAAAAAAAAAAAAAUCUCAAUCACCAAAGUGCCCUUGCAGUAUUGUUUAAAACUUCAAAGAUACGGAGUAGUAUUUACGUAGUAUUUUUUUAACACCGCCCUUUCGAUUCUUAACUACAAAUAGGCACCCCUUUCCACCGAUCCAACCCUCACACACAGAAACCCUUAAAAACAAGUGUCUAUUUCGAAACCUGUAGAUGGAGGACACGCAAAUUUCGCUGCAAUUAACGAGCUAGAUGCUCUCUUUGACGCAAUGUCUGCCCUUAAAGAUAGUGUCGUAGCAUCUAAACCUGACAAAUCUGAUGAAUCUCCUCCAAAGAAGCGUCUCCGUUACUACUCAUCCGAUUCCGAUGUAUCUGAUGAUGAAGGGUCUGCAAGAGACGAGGAUAAUUUUGCAGUUUUUCGUAAAAUGGCUAAGGAGGUGCUGAAAUAUUACAAUUCGAUUCACAAGGAUGCUGAUUAUGAAUGUGUGGUGAUUGUUGCACAAAGUCCGUAUAUGGGUAGAGGACGCCGGGGUUAUGGUGUUCAUAUGAACUUCUUUGCUCGUCAGAAAGACAAUGAUUCUUCUCCAGAGCUAUUUUAUGCUGAUAUGUUCGGUUGUCGUUCAGAGCGAGAGAUUAAGUGUUGUAUUCUGAAUCCCAGUCCCAUUUCCUUUGAUGAAUUUGUCCCCGGUAUUGGUCCUAGUCCAUGGGUUUAUCAUCCUCCAAAUGUAAAGUGUGCGGAUUGCGAGGCUAUGGCUGAGGUGAUGGCUAAGUAUGAAUUCAAAGACGAUGAUGAUGAUGGUAUUGAUAUGUUCUAAUCUAGGAGUGAGUAUAAUUUACAUCCUUGUGUAAGACGGUUGUAUUUAGAGUAGUUGUUUAUCACUUUCUAAUAUCUCACCUCUGAGAUGCCCAAAACUGUUCUAGCAUUCUCAAAAUUCAAAGACUGACUGACUGCUUUGUUAAAUAAUGGCGAUCUUUUAUCAUUGAAAGAAAAUGUAUCACUUAUCUCUAAGACUUAUUAACUUAUUUAUGAUG